GAGGGAGGGAGGGAGGAAGAAAGAGCGUGGCCAACGUGGUGCGCAGGCCCCCAGGGCGUCCCACCCCCAGGCGGGCGCGGAGUCCCGCCCUUGGAUAAACUCCGAGCCUCCCUCGGCUGCGAGCCAGUGACUCGGCGCCUGCUGCGGACCAGGCGGGCUUCUCAGCUGCAGCAGGGCAGCGUGACCUGGGUGUCCGCCAGAACAUGGCGCCCAGCGUGAACACAGCCAAGGAACUGUCCAUUUUCUUAGUAAAGGCAAUGUUUGCUUUUCUGGAGGCUGCGAUUUUUGCCUUAAUCCCAAAGCCACCGAAGAAUGUUGCUGGUGAAAUCGUACUUAUAACAGGUGCGGGGAGUGGACUUGGAAGGCUCUUAGCCGUCCAAUUUGCCCACCUGGGAUCAGUGCUUGUUCUCUGGGAUAUCAAUGAGGAAGGCAACGAGGAGACGCGCAGGAUGGCUUGGGAUGCUGGAGCCAUGACGGUCCACGCCUACACCUGUGACUGUGGCCGGAAGGAGGAAGUGUACAGGGUGGCCAAUCAGGUUAAGAAAGAAGUUGGUGACGUUUCCAUCCUAAUCAACAAUGCUGGAAUCGUAACAGGCAGAAAGUUCCUCGACUGCCCAGACGAGCUUAUAGAAAAGUCUUUUGAUGUGAAUUUCAAAGCACAUUUAUGGACAUAUAAAGCCUUUCUACCUGCUAUGAUUGCUAAUGACCAUGGACACUUGGUUUGCAUUUCAAGUUCAGCUGGAUUAAUUGGAACAAACCAACUGGCAGAUUACUGUGCAAGUAAAUUUGCAGCCUUCGGAUUUGCUGAAUCUAUAUUUCUAGAAACACUUGCCCAGAAACAAAAUGGAAUCAAAACCACUAUUGUAUGCCCAUUUUUUAUAAAAACCGGAAUGUUUGAAGGUUGCACUACUAGCUGUCCUUUUCUGUUACCGAUUCUGGAGCCAGAAUAUGCAGUCAGGAAGAUAGUAGAUGCUAUCCUGCAGGAAAAAAUGUACCUGUAUAUGCCAAAGUUUAUAUACUUUAUGGUGUUCCUAAAAAGUUUCUUGCCCUUCAAGGUGGGAAUCCUUGUGGCCGAAUAUUUGCGUGCCCUUCAUUUUAUGGAUAGCUUCACUGGCCAAAAGAAGAAAGACUGAAGCCCAGCUCUGUGGCUGAUGUCCCCUGAUACCCACCAUGACAUAACAUCUGUUUCAGUGAGGAGAAGUGCCUUUGCCCGACAGAAUGUAUCUGGAAACUACAAGCACCACUCUUAGUCUGCUGUCUGGACUCAACCAAUGCCUUUGAAAACCUUUAACCAAUCUUCAACCAAUACCUUUGAAAAU